GCUUGUCAUGUGCGGUGUGGGCCAAUCAGGAGCGGCCAGCGUGUUUGGAAACAACAGCUGAGGACCCGUAUGACGGAGAGAAGCUGACACACACACACACACAGAAUCUACACAACUUCCCACACAACAUUCCACAAACACGUCGUCUCCGUCGCGUCUCUUCUUCUGCUGCUUCUCACUGUUUUCACGAUUUAACGUUAGCAUCACGUCACUCAGCGCGAGACUUCCGCCUCAACAUGGACGCGGAGGCUUCCGGACCGGAGACGAUCAGUGUCCUCAUCAAGACCCCGAACCAGGUCCGGGAGGACCACAUCCUGGAGGACGUGCACCUGGACUGGACCGUGCGCGAGCUGAAGACGCGUCUGUCCGCCGUGUACGCCACCAGGCCGGCGGUGACUGACCAGAGACUCAUCUACUCUGGCAAACUGCUCCCAGACCAUCUGCGCAUCAGAGACAUCUUCAGACAGACGGACUCCACUCCAGCUCUGCAUCUCGUGUGUGCUUUCAGGAAUCCACCUCAGGAGCCGAAGAGCACGGAGACAGAACAGGCCCCCCCCUCCAGCCCAAGACGUGCAGCAGCUUCAUCGAGCCCCAGCAGCUCCUCCACAGUCCAGACCCCGAGCUCACCAGAGCUGAGGCAGAGGAGACCGACUACAGCUGCUGCCGCUCCGGCUCCACCGGGGAGUCCAGCAUGGCCGCCUGCUGCAAUGCCGGGAGCUCCACACAUGGCCCAGCCGGCGUUCCCCACCUACUCCCUGUACAGCCCCCAGCAGCUGCUGUGGCUCCAGCACGUCUACGCUCGGCAGUACUACAUGCAGUACCACGCAGCUCUGGUGGCGGCAGGCUCCGCCCCCUCUCCCCCGGCUUCGGUCACUGGCCAGUUCCCUCCAGUCCCAGCCCACCAAGUACCCGUUCCCGCCCCCUUAGCCAAUCAGAACCCAAUCGACAACCUGCCGGCAAAUCAGAACGCGGCACAGGACGGCGCUUUCAUCAACCCGGGGGAGGCCAAUCAGAACAUGCGGAUGAACGCACAGGGCGGGGCUGUGAUGGAGGACGAGGACGCCAUCGAACGUGACUGGCUGGACUGGUUGUACUCGGCAGCGAGGUUCUGCGUCCUGCUCAUGAUCGUGUACUUCAACUCCAACCUGAGUCGCUUUCUGAUGGUGGCCAGCACGCUCCUCCUCAUGUACCUACACACUGCAGGUUUGUUUCCCUUCAGACGACAACAGGCUCCAGAGCCCAACCCCCUGCAGGCCCCUGAGGUCCAGCACAACCAGCAGAACGAGGACAGGAUGCCAAACCCCAAUCCAGCGGUCGAACUGGCUGACGAACAAAGAGAGGAACCGGCUGCUGCAGCAGAAGGACCCGACGGACCAGGACCGAUGGCGGCCGUGUUAGUUCCUCCGCACCGGGUGUCAGUCGUCUGGACGGCCUGGGUGUUCUUCAAAACCUUCUUCUCCUCCCUCGUACCCGAGGCUCCUCAGGGUGCGGCCAACUGACCUCCACCGAGCCGGAAAGACUGUUUAUCUCGUGAGAUGGAGACCAGGACCUGUGGAGACGUUCUGAGACAUUCAGGUGGAAGGAAGAGGUCAAAGAAGAGCGGAUGCAGAAAGAAACACAACAGGGACGGAGACCUGCCAACAGAAUCUUAAUGGUAGCUGAGAGUCAAACACCAGCAAAAGAAAAAGUGGUGCCAGGAUCUUGCCAAAACUGUGGAAACAAAGAAAAUCCACAGAGUAGAAACAUCAGGCUUCUUCUAUGUUAUAAUAAAUCUUCCAGCUGGAUCCCUGCUCGUCUGACCAAACAUCAAGGCCUCGUAAAUCCAGAUUAGAUACCGGGACCGACCAGUAGGGGGCAGCUGAGGCUAAAAUAUAAAGCUUCUGCACUGUUGGACUAAAUACUUCUUCCUGUGAGGACGUCUAUGAACGGUGACUCCUCCGGUUCCUUGGAAUCUGAAAUCAGUUUCUCUGAUUUCAGAUUUCUCUGCUCAGAGCCUGUGUUUGAUUAAAGCUGUUAAAGUAAAAAAAAUGUUUUUUAGUUCCAGACAAUUUCAGCCUGUGGAAGUAAAAAGAUGCCGAAACUAUUAUGGACUGAAUUCAUACAUUUAAAGUUUCUGUCAGAAAUUUAACGAUUCAAUUCAAUAUAUCUGUUAUCGUUAUCUUUUAUAUAUUUUGAAUUCACACCGUUGUUAAAUUAAGAAAAGUACAAAUUUGGUUAAUUUCUCGGUUUCUCAUUAGAUUUAAAAUUAAUUAAACUUUCUUUGCUUCCAGUCACUGAACCUCAAGUUAAACCUCCAGACACACGACCAGCAGAACAAAAAUAAACCUCAUGAACAAAAGUUUAUGAAACAUUUUUAUCCUGAUUCAUGAAACGUACGAACUUCAUGUAUCUUUUCUUUAACAGUUUUAUUUUUAGAGUUUUUUUCAUUUCCUAGUUUGACCAAAUUCAAAUUUCUGCCAAAUCAUAGGAAGCAAUGUAAAAUAGUUGAUAUUGGAGGAGUUAUUGUAAAGUCUUGUAAAUAUUUGUACUCGAAGCACUUUACAACAUGUAUGUUAUGCAAGCGUCUUUACUUUCAGGAUUAACUUUUCUUCAUGUGAGGAUUUCUAAUGUAAUAUAAAUUUCUUCUGCUGAGAAAGUCUGAAAUCAAAACGGUUUAAAGUGGAGAUUUGUGCUAUUUAAGUUACAGUAAAUAUCACUUCAGAACAAAAUUGAAUUAUUUCAACUGCAGCCAUUGUGCCUCCUUGUUAAUAUUGAGUUGUCAUUCAUUUACUCAACAUUCCACAUCGUGAACUGAAAGCUGAGCUGUGACACUUCCCCACGUCACCGCGGCCUCUCACCAGCUUCAAGCGGUUUUCACUUGUAAAUAAAGAUGGCCGACACAUCGCCACUUCCUCUCGCUGUCCACAAAUGCAACUAACAUAUAAUCCUUAGCUGUCAAUCAUUAUGUUUCACUGUGUUUUUAUAUCCUCAAAUUACUUAUUAAAAACUGAACUUAUUAGAACUGACACUUGAACACGUAGGUGUCCCAUCCACUAACACGGAGGAGGCUCAUAUGACUGAGCCUCGGGUUCACUUUGGGGAGUUGUCAUGUCGUCUCUUUUUGUCUAUGCAUGGCGGUUACAGGUCUUUACUCAAAACCUUAAAGUUGUGAUGUCAUGCCUUUGUGUGACUUCAGUUUUAAUCUGUUUGUUUCCCGUUUAUUCAUAUUUAUGAUUUUUGUCGAUAAUAAAGUUGGUUUACUUUUUUUUUUUAAGAACUUCACUACAAAGAUGGUGGCUGAUCCCAUGUGGCUGGAGUUUUAAUGUUAAAACUUUAAUUUGAUGCUGUGAUGUUUUCUUUUGGAUGGAAACUGCAGAAUGUGGAACACUUGGCAAUAAUGGAUGCAAUAAAUGUUGUUGACUCCG